UGAUGAUUGAUCAUCAAUAAUAAUACUAUUACUUGAAUUGGUGUUACAGUAAUUGAACCAUUAAUACCGUAACAGUAAUAUUGAAAUCGUUAUUAUUAUUUCAUACUAUAUAACUCGUGCCGUCGUAUGACAUUUGUGAACAUUUUGCUCAUUCAUAUGACAGUGAAUGGUGUGAACGUCUUAAGCACUACAGUAUUGUCACAAAUCAGUCCACAAUAAGCAGCGAAUGAAUGGAGAAACAACUGAAAGACAUCAGCGCCGAGGCGCUCAACAACGACAAGGUCUGUGGCUUUCUGUGCGUCGACAAC